GCGACGAGAGCGAGGGCCGUGCGUGCCGAGCGAUCUCUCUCUUCUUCUCCCUCUUUUCUCCCUCUUUUCCGAAGGCCCGCGACUGAAACCCCCCCCAAAAAACAAACCCUCUUUGGGGGAAGGAGAAGGGAGGCCAGCGACACCGCCGGGGACGAGAAUGGUCGUGCACGCCGCCCUCCUCGCGCGGAGAUGGUUCAUGGCAGUAUGGAGAUAGUUCACGAGGGAAUGCUCAAGAAGUCCCCGCCGCCCAAGAGGCUCUGGCGGGCGAAAUGGCGAAUGCGAUGGUUCGUACUGCGUUCUGGGGAGCUCCCGGGGCAGUACUUCCUGGAGUAUUACACAGAUCGGACUUGCCGAAAAUUGAAGGGCAAAAUCGACCUAGACCAGUGUGACCAGGUUGAUGCUGGUAUAGUCUUUCCUAAUCGGAAAUCAGAAUACAGAUUCAUGUUUGACAUCAAGACCCCAAAGCGAAUCUACUACUUAUGUGCAGAGACAGAGCAGGAGAUGAACCGAUGGGUGGACUGUGUUUGUCAAGUAUGUGGCCUGAAGAUGUAUCCACAGCAGGAGGAUUACCCAUUGCCAGCCUUGGAACCUCUUCCAGGUAACACCAUCCCUGCAACACCCCCUGCUCCCGUCCGCGUCCUGCCCCUGGACCAACCUCGGAUAGACUCCCCACCAAUUUCACCCACGUCUCAGAGUUCUUCCAUAUCUGGGCCGUACAUUCCCAUAAGCGAAUGUAUUACCGGGAAGAGAACCCCAAUUACUAGCCCCAGUUUCCCCUUCAGUGAUGACUUGCCUACCAUUGUGUCAACAGAGAAUCAUCGCUCUAGUAUACCAAAUGAAAUUGCUCCACCAGCACCAACCAUGUGUCCCGACAGUCAUCCACCUCUGACACAGGCACCACCAGCUCCCAUGAUUAACACGGGGGCAAUACCACGUGAACCGUACGAUGGCCAACGAACAUUAAGGCCAUCGGGGGCAACCUCAGAAGAUACCCUGAGUGUGCAGUCACCACUGGGAACUGAGGGAAGUAGUGUAUUCAGUGAUGAUGAGUGGGCUAACACUCCUUCCACAGUUGAAGCAACAUUUUUUAGUGACUCAGCUAGACCUACUGGAGGUAUGCAGAAUCCAAAGGAUUUACCCUGGGACAGCCAUGGAGCAACUGGGGGACUAGCAGGAAGCAGUUUACCAAGUGAAAUGAAAGGUAUGGUAAUCUCUGAAGAUGACCAGCACCAGGGUUCAGCUCCCCCAAGGCCCCCAAAGCCAGCACAUUUAACCGAGAUGCCUCAGCAGACCUAUCAGAACUUGGACACUAUUGUUAGAACAACUCUGAUUAGAAAAAACAGUUCAAAUGAUAAAGUAAAGAAUGGCUUGGCUGGAUCACUGUCUUCACAUGAUGGUAACAUUGGAUCUUCUGACCCAGAGCCUUCCCCAGCUUCAGUCAGCAGUUCUGUGCCUCCGUCCACCCCACUUGACACUGAAGAUAUGCACUCUGCCUUGAGGAUGCCACAGCAAGAGACUGUGAGCCCACAGGCUGCAGAUAGACUGAAACAAAGACACUGUUACAAUAACUUUGUUUCACCCUCUGUCCAAGGUCAGAUAUUUUCUUAUGACAUGCGUAUUCAUGACACAGUUGAAAAGCAUGGGGAGCUGGAUCCAAGGAUCUCACCUGCAGGCCUUUAUUCUAACAUCCCUCAGGCCAACAAAAGCCCACAACAUCCCCCAGCAGUUGAUCGUGGGCUUAAACCAAGGAAAGCUGCUGAUGGAAUUAGUAUUAGUUCAGAGCUGUCACCACCUCCAUCUGGUGGCCCCCAGGAAAUUCUGGGGGCUGUGGGUGGAUCGCCAGUGCCACCUGCAUCAGCACCGCCCAUGGUAGACAGAAAUUUAAAGCCCAUAAAGAAUAUACCUGAUGCAGGAAGCAAACCCAUGUUUGUUCUUGACCCAGCCCCAGUCGGCCACAGAAAGCACGAUCAAAGAAAACCAAGAGCUGCGCCUUCUCCAACUCCUCCGACUAUGCGCAAUGGAUGUAAUGGGAAUGAGAGUGGUGACGAAGCUGACAGACUUUCUAGUCCAGGCAGCAGACGCAACUCUACCAAUGCAGAUGAGCAGAUUUUCUUUCCCUUGCAGAGCGCACGCCGUUCUCAACAUGAAAUCCAGUAUUUAGACUUGGACCUACAUCCAGAAGCCAAGCACAGUCCUAAAUCCAUCAAGGCAAGUACGCUGAAGAAUUGUGCCGGGGCUUCUGCUCCUUCAGUAGUGUACAAGACGGUCGACUUUGUAAAGACAGAAGCCUUCAACAAGAUGAGGAUCAACGUAGAAGACUCCUAUCGUAAGAACCAGUGAUCAGCUAACGGUCGUAAUAGAGAGUGCUAGUUGACUAUGGCAGUGCACAAAAUGCAUAGACAAAGGAAAAAAGCUGGCUCAGACUGCAGUUUGAGGUGAAAUGAUGUGAAGUCAUGUUUUAGGUACCAAAGCAGCUUUCUUUGGGUGGCCUUGUGAAUAUCCUUGAAAGCUUUAGGACAGCCACUAACUUGCACAGCACAAUCUGCUUGUCCAGCUGCUUUAGGAAAAUGGCAAAUAGCAGUUUUGAACAACUUCCUUUGAUAAACAGUUGUUAUUAUACAAUAGUAAUUUAUAUGUUGAAGUUGUUGAUGAUUUACAAUCAUUAUUAAUAAGACGAAUACUGUCACACAGUUAAGUGCAAAGUGUUAUAUGUCAGUAAUAAGUAUAAAAUGGACAGAGUGUAUAUUAUGGGUUCAGGUAUGUACCUCUGUCCAAAUGGACCACAACAAUCACCAAAGCUGAAGUGUCAAUGCACAAUGUUGCAUAGAUAGUGUUUUGGGUCCAAGACAAAGUAUUUAAGUAAACUAUAUUCUUGACUAUUCCCUUCUUAUAUUAUGCAUGGGAUAUCUAAAACUGUGAUGGAUCUACAAAAUUUACAGGUCUGAUAGAAUACCACAACCCCAUAGAUAUAACAGUGUUUCUAUUUGACUAUCCUAUUGCUCUUUUUCGAGAAAUAGGGUUGGUUCCAAUUGUAUUAUUCUUAUGAUUGAUUCUGAUUAUCAUUAUGAUUAUGUGACAGUGUCGCAGCUUUUAAUGGGGAAGGAUGGACGAGAAGUGAUUAGACAUGUUCUUUAACUUUAAAAUCAUAUCAUAGUAGUAUUUUAAUUUUGAGAUGGGGAUGUGAGUGUUCUUCUAGAUCUUGUUAUUGCAUCCUUGAGUUUGUGUAUAGAAUUGAUUUUGACCAGAAGUUAAGCCAAUAGCAUUUGGUUUUAACUCCACUUUACUCCUAAGUAGCAGCUCAGAUAUGGAACUGAGAUGAAGAUCUUAUGUUCAGCACAAAAUGCAUGAUUUUUUUUACAUUGGCUUGCUUCUCCCUGGUUCAUCUGUUUUAUCAGGGAUAAUUUUUAAUGUGUCCUAAAAACAGCCCUUAUGUACAAUCAAAAUAUCAUUUGAGUGAGCAGGUCUGCUUGCAUUUGUGGUCUGGCAUCACCAAAUGAGUCUGAAGCUGCCAGAUGAAUUUUCUAGUUGAUUAGCCUUCUAACAGUACUAGGGUGAAUUGAACUAGGCUAUGGUUGAUGAAAUGUUAAGAAAUGUAGGAAUUUUUGACACGAGUCUUGAGGAAGAAAAGAAGUGAGCUUUAUUUUACAUAUAGAAAUACUGAAUUAGUGUAUGGUCAGAGUCAGAAUCUACAUAAAGACCAUUGUCAGCAUUAUCACCCAGUACUGAUAUCUUCUCAGUAAAUUCAGUUUGCAGAUUAGUUCAAAAAAA